GUUUGGCUCCCCUGUCCCGGGCCCGCGAGAGCCGCGUCCCCCAACCGGCGACCACGCAGUGCUGAGCGGGUCCUGGCUGAGGGAGACCUCCGGGUCAGGGAGGGGUUUGAGAGGGCGGGGGUGUCCCGGAGACCGGGGUCGGAGCGGCCGGGCUCCAGCCCCGGCCCCGCGGCGUCUCGGCCCGCCUCUUGCCGACUGCGGGCCAAGCGGAUGUGAAGUUAGCGUUCCCGGGAGCGGACGGGUUCGGGCACGUGCUUAGGAAAAGGUCGGGCGAGGAGGAUGCCCCGGGGGAUCCCUGAUGCCCCGGCGGUUUCAUUUAUUGGACGUUUAGACCUUUGAAUAUCUGUGAAGAAAUGACUAUUCUGCACGGGGGCUUCUUGCUGGCCGAGCAGCUCUUCCACCCCAAAGCUCUGGCAGAACUGACCAAGUCUGACUGGGAGCACGUCGGGCGGCCCAUCGUGGAGGCUCUGAGGGAGAUCUCCGCGGCCACGGCGCACUCCCAGCCCCUCGCCUGGAAGAAGAAGGCCCUGAUCAUCAUCUGGGCCAAGGUUCUUCAGCCCUACCCCGCCACCCCUUCCGACACCGAAGCUCGGUGGCAGGAGGACGUGUUCUUCUCCGUAGGCAACAUGAUCCCCGCCAUCAAUCACACGGUCCUUUUCGAGCUGCUCAAGUCCCUGGAAGCGUCCGGGCUCUUUAUCCAGCUCCUGCUGGCCUUGCCCACCGCCGUCUGCCGCGCCGAACUGGAGCGCUUUUUGGAGCACAUGGCUGUCGACACGUCUUCAAAGGACGUGGCCUUUUUCCUCGACGUCUGGUGGGAAAUGAUGAAGCACAAGGACGAUCAGCAGGACCCCCUGCUCUCCCAGUUCCGGACAAUGGCCCAUAAGUACCUGUCCUCUUCGGAUGAGUUCUCCCACCCUCCCAAGAGGUUUAAGUCGGACCCGGACGUGUGUCCUACCAUGCCCCUGCUGGCCAUGCUGCUCGCCGGGCUGAAGCAAAUCCGAAGUCGGAUCCUGUGUCCCGGGAUGAAGUGCUGCACGCUGGCCAACCUGGCCGACAUGCUGAGCGUGUUCGCGCUGGCGGAGGACGACCCCCAGGAAGUGUCGGCGACCGUGUAUCUGGACAAACUGGCCACGGUGAUCUCCGUGUGGAACUCGGACGCCCGGAACCCGUAUCACCAGCAGGCGCUGGCGGAGAAGGUCAAGGAGGCCGAGCGGGACAUCAGCCUCACCUCGCUGGCCAGGCUGCCCAGCGAGACGACGUUCGUGGGCUUCGAGUUCCUGCGCGGCCUGCUGCGGGACUGGGGGGAGGAGCUGCAGGCCAUGCUGGGCAGCGGCCAGGGCACCAGCUACGACAGCUACCGGCUGUGUGACAGCCUGACGUCCUUCAGCCAGAACCUGAAGCUCUUCCUGGCCACCAGCAGCCUGUCCAAGGAGGAGAGGCAGGUGGGCUCCGAGCUGGCGGAGUGCGUGGGGGCCUUCCUGAAGAGCACGAACCGGGUGCUGGGGAAGAAGGGCUUCGAGAAGGACAUCGCCGCCUCCAUCGCCAUGGCCAUCAUCGAGCAGAAGAUGGACCGGCACAUGGAAAUGUGCUACAUCUUCGCUUCCGAGAGGAAGUGGGCCUUCUCGGACGCGUGGCUGGCCUGCCUGGUGAACAACCGGGCUCUCUUCCGAGAGCCGGGCCUGGUUUUGAAGCUGCUGGAAACGGUGACGGACGUCAGCACGGCAGACGGGGCCGUCCCCGAGGCUCAGGUCAAGCAAGUGAUCGCCCUGACCCUGGAGUGCUACGCGCACCUCUCGCUGCCGGACAAGAACAAAGUCCUCUCGGGCGUCCUGCUUUCCUGGGGGCGCAAGGGCCUCUCGGAGAAGCUGCUGGCUCACCUGGAGGGCUUUCAGGAGGACCUCAACACGACUUUCAACCAGCUGGCGCAGAGCGCCUCUGAGCAGGGCCUGGCCAAGGCCGUGGCUUCCGUGGCCCGCCUGGUGAUUCUGCACCCGGAGGUCACGGUCAAGAAGCUGUGUGGCAUGGCCGUGGUCAACCUCGGCACCCACAGGUUCCUGGCCCAGAUCCUCACCGCCUUCCCCGCCCUCAGGUUCACGGAAGAGCAGGGUCCAGACCCCUCCCCCACCUUCGUGGUGUCCUGCCUCAAGGAAACCGUCUGGACGAAGUUCUCCACGCCCAGGGAAGAGAAGCAGUUUCUGGAGCUCCUGAGCUGCCUGGCGAGUCCCGCGAAGCCGCAGGGGAUUCCAGUCGCGGCUCUCCUCGAGCCCGACGAGGUGCUGAAGGAGUUCGUGCUGCCUUUCCUGAUGCUGGAUGUCAGGGAGGUGGACCUGAGCCUGCGGAUCCUCAUCCAGACCCUCGAAGCGCACGCGUGCCUGGAGGACUACUGGCUGCAGACCUGCUCUCCGUUCCCGCUCAUCGUCAGCCUCUGCCAGCUCCUGGAUGGCUUCAGCAAGUACUGGCAGCUCCCCAGGGAGAAGCGGUGCCUCCCUCCGGACGGGAAGGACCUCGUGAUCCACAUCCUGGAGCUGCUCUGCGAGGUGGUCCUGGCCAACGCCGAGACCUUCUCCCCCGACACCUGGGUCAAGUCCCUGUCCUGGCUCCACCGGAAGCUGGAGCAGCUGGACUGGACGGUGGGCCUGCGACUGAAGGGCUUCUUUCAGGGCCACUUCAAGUGCGAGGUGCCAGCCACGCUCUUUGAGAUCUGUAAGCUCUCCGAGGACGAGUGGACCUCCCAGGCCCACCCCGGGUACGGGCCGGGCACGGGCCUCCUUGCCUGGAUGGAGAGCUGCUGCACCUCCAGCGGCAUCUCGGAGCGGAUGCUCGCCCUCUUGGUGGUCGACGUGGGCAACCCCGAGGAGGUCAGGCUGUUCAGCAAGGGCUUCCUGGUGGCCCUGGUGCAGGUCAUGCCCUGGUGCAGCCCCCAGGAGUGGCAGUGCCUCAACCAGCUGACCAGGAGACUGUUGGAGAAGCAGCUCCUGCACGUCCCCUACAGCCUGGAGUACAUUCAGUUCGUUCCGCUGCUCAACCUGAAGCCCUUUGCCCAGGAGCUCCAGCUCUCUGUACUCUUGCUGAGAGCUUUCCAGUUUCUCUGCAGCCAGAGUUGUCGGAACUGGCUUCCCCUGGAAGGCUGGAGCCACGUGGUCAGGCUCCUGUGUAACAGCCUGACCGGCCUUCUGGACUCAGUGAGGCUGAUCCAGUCCGUUGGCCCUUGGGCCCAAGGACAAGAGCAGGACCUGAGCCAGGAAGCCCUCUUUUUUUACACGCAGGUGUUCUGCCAUGUCCUGCACAUCAUGGCCAUGCUCCACCAAGAGCUGUGCGAACCACUCUACGUUCUGGCCUUGGAGAUCCUCACCUGCUACGAGACCCUGAGCAAGACCAACCCUUCCGUUAGCUCCUUGCUCCAGAAAGUCAACGAGCAGCGCUUCUUAAAGUCCAUUGCCGAGAACAUCACCCCUGAGGAGCGGCGCCAAACCCUGCUGCAGAAGAUCAGCAGCUUCUGACCUCGGGGAUCAGAAAAUAGCUGGGCCUCACCCUGGCGGGGUCUGCAGGCCCUGAGCUGAGAAACGCAAACUUUCCAGGUACGUGACAUUGUACAGAAGCCCAAAAAUGUGACAGUAGCAGUGCAAAGAAAAUAGUUUCUUAGGUAUUUGUAACAUACAAAUUAUAAUAAAAUGCUCUCUGGAGUUUCAUCUUGCCUCUUCUUCCCCCCCCCACCGCCUUCCCCCACCCCGCCCUUUUAGGGCCACACCUGCUGUGGGACUACGCCACAGCCACAGCCACGCCAGAUCCAAGUCACAUUUGCAACCAACACCACAGCUUGCGGCAGCGCCCGGUUCUUUAACCCACGGAGCGAAGCCAGGGAUCAAACCCGCAUCGUCAGGGAUGCCGUGUCGGGUUCCUACCCACUGAGCUGCAAAGGGAACGCCCAUCUUUCCUCUUUUGAGCCUUUCUUAUCAGUGGUCUGGGCUCGGCAACACACUCUGAACUCGGGCUCAGCCCGUCUUAAAGAUCAGGUCAGGCCGGGAGGAACAGCAUCGUAACUGGCCUCCACCCGAGAGUUUGGCAGGUAAGUCUAAAGGGGGAACCACCCAAGUGGCCCCAUCACAAGGGCGGUGUUGUGUACUGGGACUCGUUGUAAGAGUCGUUUGAGGGCUCUUGGAAGGGGCAGCAACUACGGAAAGGACCCUCCUCUGCCCCCAGGCGGCCCUGUGAUUGGUGUGUCUCCAGGGCCUGCAGCCUCUGUGAAAGGAGAGGGUUGGACCAAGAACAUGAGAUGUUGGGGGGCAGAUCAAUGACCUUCAGAAGAUGCCCCACAGAGUUGACCGCCCCCCCCGUCAUUCAGUGGAUCCCCAAGGGCCUGUGCUGAAACUGCCUGGUAAACACAGCUGAGGCGUGUGUAGGGGACGGGUGUAAUUAUCUUCUGCCUCGGAUGGGUUGUCACAGUUUAAAGAAUGAGCAGGAGCAGGGAUGGUGUGCAAAGAUGCGUGAAAAUGAGAAUUUCACGUGCCCAGCAUCUGUGACAGAGCUAUGAGGACUGGCCGGCAAGGUGUCUACCUGGGAGGCCAGGAAGGACAGGAGGAGCCCCGUCCCGGUCAGAUCCACGCCCCGGUCAGAGCGAGGGCCUGUGCACGUUUCCUCCCCCCCUGCAGUGGGCUGGCUCCACGGCCUCCCAUUGGCUGUGCGCCCUCCGGACAGACUCCUAGUUGGGAUUCACCUGGGAAGAGAAGGGCCUAAAGGUCCAUGAUUCCACUGGGCCUGAACUCUGGAACGCUGCCUCGUCUUCCCAGAACCAGAAUUACAGGAUCAUGUUCAAGAGAGGUGUGAGUCAGGCCCUCCUGGAGGCUGGAAAGCGCUCACACAUCCCCCGCCCCGGCAGCCGGCCCCCCUGCCGCUUAGAUGAGAACUCAGGCCAGAAACGAGCAGACGGCAGCCAUUCACGUUGGGUCACAGGAUGGAUCUUAGAGUUGGUAUGGCUGUAUUUCACAAACGAGAAUGAGUUGGAAAAUAUUAGUGCAAUUUAAUCACCACAGGAGUGAUUUAUCAGGAUACACUGAUGGUAAACAAAACAGUAAAAAAAAUUACAGCAUUUUAUGAUUUUUAAAUGGCACCCAUUAAAGACUGAAAUAGUCAAAAUC